AUGUUUUUAUUUUUUAAUAAAACUAUGAAAUCAAAUAAACAAUUAUCAAAAACAAACAUUUUAAAGUCUGAGGGAUACAUUAUAUUAGAUCACAUAGCAAAUGGAAGUUAUGGUGAAGUAUGCCAUGCUAAAUACAUACAAGAAGAAAAAGAAUUGAAUUUGGUAGUGAAAAUAAUCGAUACAAGACAGACAAGCAAAGAGUAUGUUUCUAAGUUUUUGCCUCGAGAGCUAGAUGUCAUACGUCAAAUUAAUCAUCCGUAUAUAAUAUAUGCACACAGUAUUUUACAAAAAAAAGCGGUAUUAUUUGUUUUUAUGGCAUUUGCAGAAAAAGGUGAUCUUUUGCAGUACAUUAUUGAUUAUGGACCAUUAAAAGAGAAUCAAGCUCGUAUAUGGUUUAGACAGGUGGCAUUAGCAAUACAAUAUUUACACACAAUGGAAAUUGUACAUCGGGAUAUAAAAUGUGAAAACAUCCUCAUCACUGAGCAUUAUACUGUCAAGUUAACUGAUUUUGGUUUUUCGAAAUUUGUUAAGAGUUCCAAAAAACUGAAUUGUAAUACUUAUUGUUGUUCAUUGGGUUAUGCAUCGCCAGAAAUAUUGACUGCACGUCCAUAUGAUGGAAAAAUGUCUGAUAUAUGGUCUCUAGGAGUGGUAUUAUAUGUCAUGCUCAACAAGAAAAUGCCUUUCAAUAGAAAAAACAUGAAGUUAAUGUAUAAGCAACAAGUCAAACGAGAUUGGGAACAUCAACCCUAUGUAGAAGAAAUAAUAAGUGAGAAUGUAAAAAUGUGUAUAGAUAGUCUUUUACAACCAGAACCUAGAAAGCGUUGGACAAUUGAUAAAAUAUUGGACAGUGAUUGGAUAAAAAUGAAUCGAAAAUUAGUUAAAAUGACUGAACAAGAGUCAUUUGCUCUUAUUGAAGCCCUAAACCAAAAUAAAACUGUACAAAAACACUUAAUAAAGAUAAAAGCAAAUAAGUCAGACACUCAACAGAUAUUAGGCAAGAGAUCUCCAAGAUUUUUUAGUAUAGCACAACAGUUGGAAUCAAUAUCUAGUUCAAAUAGAAAAACAAACGAUAGAAAUGAAUCUAAAUAUAUGUUGAAACGUUCAGAACGUAUUGUGCACACAGAUAACUUAUUAAAUAACAAAAAUGACAUGACAAAAAAUUAA